GCGGUAUGUUUUGAAGAGGAAGCUAACAUUAGCAGUUAGCAGUGAAGAUGCAGAGGGCAGUCUCCAGUUUGUCUUUCAGUCCCAGUGUAAAGGUGAAACUGGUCAGCGCUGGUUUCCAGUUCACCUCAGACCUGCUGCACCUUGAACCGCUACAACUCAGCAAAGAGGCUGGUCUGUCCCAGCAGGAGGCGCUGGAGGUGCUGCAGACUGUGACGAGAGCAGGAGAGGGGGUGUCAGCCUCUCUGACAGCUCUGGAGCUCCUGCAAAAAGAGGAGGAGACGAGGAGCAUCGUGACCUUCUCCUCUCAGCUGGACGCUGCUCUUGGAGGAGGAUUUCCUAUCGGGAAAAUAACAGAAAUAUGUGGAGUUCCAGGAGUUGGAAAAACACAACUGUGCCUGCAGCUGGCGGUGGACGUCCAGGUGCCCCAGUGUUUUGGGGGGGUCGGAGGUCAGGUGAUGUACAUUGACACUGAGGGCAGCUUCCUGUUGGAGAGAGUCAUCGACAUGGCCACCGCUGCCGUCAGACACUGCUCCCUAUUGGUCGAAGAUGACGAGCAGCGUGUUGCCAUGACGACCUUCACUGUGGAGACCAUCCUGUCCGACAUCUUCCUGGUACGUUGCAAUGACUAUAUGGAGCUGCUGGCCGAGCUCCACCUGUUGCCUGACUUCCUGUUAAACCACCCGAGGGUCCGCCUCCUGGUGAUUGACAGCGUUGCGUUUCCAUUCAGACAGUUUGACGACCUGUCACAAAGGACACGCCUCCUCCAAGGCCUUGCCCAACAGCUAGUCGCCAUGGCAUACAGACACCAUGUGGCCGUGGUGAUCACCAACCACAUGACCACGCGGCUGCAGGGCAGCCAAUCACAGCUUGUCCCUGCCCUUGGGGAGAACUGGGGCCAUGCCCCCACAACCAGGCUCCUCCUACAGUGGGCGGGGUCACAACGACUUGCGGCCAUUUUAAAAUCUCCAGGUCAUGUGGACACCACCAUCCAAUACCAGAUUUCUUCUGACGGGUUCAGAGAUGCCGACCAAUCAGAGCUGCCACAGAACAAACGGCCCCGAACACAUGCCAACCAAUCAGCUGCCAGCCAGCCGGACUCCUGAAAAGAAUGAGUGAAUAAAAAUCAAUUAAUACAACAGGAUUCAAACCACAACCUCCAGGAUGACUGUAGAGUCUGGUAUGUGAUACUGGUGCGGACUGUGUCGCUCUUUAUAUGAUCUCACCUGACUUCUAAAGCAUUUCUGGCAGAGGAAAGCAGAUUCAAAUUUGUGCCUAAAGGAAGGAACAGCAGUGAUGUUAUUACUGACCAACACACAUUAUAUGAAGCUUGUGUUUAGAGUAGAUGGAGAAAUUAAAAAUCACCUGGAAGGAAACAAAUGAUUUGAAUCCAGUUUAUACUGAGGUGAACUUCAACCUCUUGUGGCUGAAAUCAAUAUUACAACAACAUACACAGACACAACUGAUGUGUUAAUCAGUGAAUAAGUGGUCCACUUUGAGUGGUCAAUAAAACAAGAGCUCCAGUUUCUGUUCUGUUUAAUGAUUAUAAAUGUGAAAGUUUUUAUGUCGUGUCUGUUGGUCCAAUUCAAGUGUUCAGAAAAGUGAUUUUAGUUUGUUUCACUUUACAAAAUCUAAACCUCAUGAAACAUGUAAA